AACCGAGCUUCGGUCAAACACCCACCAUCAUCAUGACUAGCCUUGCGUUACCAUCAUCUGUUCUCGACACUGACUUUUACAAGGUAUAAAUAACCUUGUUUAAAGCUUUCUCUAUGAUGCAAACUUGGUCUCUAUGCAGUUGACUAUGCAGCAAGCCGUUCUACAACAUUUUCCUUCUUGUCAAGUCAGUUAUCGUUUCAUGAACAGGGAUAGGCCCAACGUCCUGUUCAGCAGGGCUUGCUAUGAGUCCCUCGCCUCCGCUGUCUCUCAUUUCCGAAAUCUUCAUUUAACACCCGUUGAGCGUACAUGGCUCGCUCAAACUUGCCCUUUUUUUACGAGACAAUAUCUUGAUUACCUAGAACAAUAUCGGUUCAAACCAGAACAAGUAGACAUCAAGUUUAUUCCAGUCGAAGAUUCAGAUCAAGGUCAAAAGGGUCAUAUCGAAAUCAUAGCCACCGGACUGUGGGUUGAGACCAUCUUGUGGGAAACCCCGCUUAUGGCCUGCUUGAGUGAAACCUAUUUCACAACCGACGACUGCGAUUGGAGCUACGACGGUCAAGAAGAGCUUGCCUUCAAUAAAGGACGAACCCUCUUGGAGGCGGGAUGCGAUUUCAAUGAGUUCGGCACGCGCAGGCGUCGCUCCUACAAAAACCAAGAAAUUGUUGUAAAAGCUCUCGUUAAAGCAUCACGGGACACGCAAGCCCCGGGAACCUUACUUGGGACAAGUAAUGUUCAUCUAGCUCGUCUCCACAACAUUCGUCCUGUCGGGACUGUCGCUCAUGAAUGGUACAUGGGUAUCGGAGCGAUCAAGGGGUACAAAAACGUGCACGACCUUGCGCUCGAACUCUGGGAGCAAGUCUAUGAUCGGAAAAUGAUUCUGCUCUCACUGACCGACACCUUCUCUACGGAGGCAUUUUACAAGACCUUUGUGAACUCCCCACAACGAGCUCGACGAUGGGAUGGUCUCCGACAGGAUUCUGGUGAUCCUUUCGCCUACGCUCCGCAAGCAAGAGAAGUGUACGAGGCGCUUGGUAUAGAUCAUACACAAAAAACGAUUAUCUACUCCGACAACAUCAACAUCGACAAGGCACUCGCCUUGAAAAAGUUGACUGACGAGAUUGGGUUCAAGUGUUCCUUUGGUAUUGGCACCUUCUUGACUAAUGAUUUUGAGAAAGCGUCUUCUAAUGGAAAGGAGAAGAGUAAAGCGUUGAACAUUGUCAUCAAAUUGGCUUCGGCGGAAGGCAAACCUUGCGUGAAGAUUAGUGACGAAUCGUCCAAGAAUACGGGGGACCCAGCCACUGCGACACACGUCAAACAAUUGUUUGGCCUGAAGCUGAAGGCCUGAACCCCAUCUCAAGGACAGGAUCCUACCACUCGUAUAGUUUACUACUCAGAAGUCGAGAUCACGAGAAUUAAAAUGUAUUGCGAUGUGUACUAUUUUGGGUUUCGAUGUGUAAAGCACCGGGAUAUGUAACAUAUCAUAAAACAGAGUGUUCCCGUCGUUUUGUGGGCUCAAAAAUUUUUUACAAGCUUCUUAGAGUACAUACGAGCUUGUAUGUACAAUUGUGGCCACCGGAAUACACAGGAUCCAAC